AUGGCUGAACCACCUCAUCCUCGGCCGUCCCUGCCGCUUAUCGAGCGACAAUCGUUAUGUCUUCCCAGCGUCGAGCCCGGCGUGCCCGCCCAGUACGGUGAAGAAGGUUUCCUUCAGAACCUUGCGAAGCAUUUCCCGUCCCACGAGAACAAUGCUCUCGAGAAGCUGGUGCAGCUGAAACGGGAACUCAAGACAGCGGACACUGAAUCCUUUUGGAAAAAGCUGAUGGAGGGCAUGACGGAGAUUUGCCAUGCGCAAUACGGCUUUGUUGCAAAGAGAAUACUGUCGGACGACCACAAUGCGGCAGUAGAAAUGCCUCCGCUCGGCGAGUCAGGUUCUUGUCUUCUCGGCGUCGCUUUCUAUUAUAACGAUGGGGACAAGCAGAAAGCCAUGCACCGCGACUAUAAGUAUCUCGCUUGGGGUUCGCCUUGCGCCUACAUGAAGCACGACAAAGUUUUCCUGAUCCCAGAGCACAUGAGUUCGUUCAUCACUCACAAUCCUAACGCUCUUCCGUUCCCGGCAGAAGGCUACCUUGGGAUUCCCUUGUUUGCAGAUGACAAGUGUUUUGCCCAUUUUGGUAUGAUGUGGACACAAGAAGGCCUCGACCGGCGAGACGCUACAUGGAGUUACACUGAACUUCUGCUGCAUUCAUUGGAGGACAUGAUUGUCGAACGUCUUUUGAGCGGCCAAGGGUUCGUAAAGCCUCGGAAUCGCAAUACAAGCACGGCCAGACUUACUCACGUCAUCCCGCGUGAAGCUAUCACCCCUGGCACCCAGUCUUUAAAGCCAUAUGCCAAAAAUCUGUCACAUGAACUAAGAACGCCAAUGCAGGGUGUGGUGGGAAUGCUGGAUGUCAUGCAUGCAACGGUGCAGGAACAGAUCGAGUGCGUCUCCGACGCCCCCCUCCGCCAGGUCUUCCGGGGCCUGAGAGAGAACAUCGAGAUCAUUCAAGACAGCGCCAAACGGGCUGUUGAAGCCGCCGACAACGUCGUCCAUGCGUACGACAUGAACAUGCAAAUCCCCGAUACCCCCUCGAAUGAGCACGAAUCACCAGCAACUAAAGCCACUGGCUACUUCGAUUACAAACCUGCCAGACUGAUUGAAGGGAGUGAUAUCCACUUCAAUUCAUGCAAGCGCCGCCGAAGUAGUCCGACGUCGUGGUACUUUGGUAACGCCACGAAGAUGCGACAACUUGGACCAUCAACUCGUGUCGACGUCUCUCCCAAAAGCAACGUGGGCAAAUUUCAACCUCCACAGACAAUUCCUUCCGACGACAGCGUUCCCACCAUCAUCACCACCGUACAGGAUUCCACUACACCUGGGGACCUGCAUACUCCAUCAACCAAGCUGUCUUCAGCAGAAAGUGACGCGUUUCCGACACCAGGGCUGAAACACUGUCGGAUCCGAGAGCUGAUACCCAUGGUGAUCUACGAAUCUUUGCGUGUCGGAGGCAGACCUGAUUCAGCCAUCGGCGAACCCACUGACUUGGGCGAAAGAAUCGUGGUUAGGUCGCGCUCUUCAAAUGGCCACAUUUCCCAGAAAACCAUUGAAUGGUUAGUGGCCAAAGAUGUACCUGAGACUCUUUUCGCAGACGAACGAGACUUGACCAAAUUGGUGUCUGCUGUACUGCUGAACGCCAUCAAGUUCACAGAACAAGGCAGCAUUACUCUGCAUGCCCGACUCUCAAAGACCCACCGAUUCCUGGUUAUCAAUUGCAAGGACACUGGCGACGGGAUUCCGGAGGAUUUCCAACCAGAGCUAUUUAAACCAUUCUCUCGGGAGGACGACUCGUUGACCCGGUCAAAGGAAGGUCUCGGUCUCGGUCUUCUGGUUGCUAAAGGACUAGCACGCCGGCUUGGUGGAGACAUCGUCCUCGUAGCUUCAGACGUCUCUGGUCCAAACAAGGGUUCUGAGUUUGAGAUCAAGGUGCCUUUUGAGCCUAACGAGAGUCCGACAAGUCGUUCUUGCACUCCUGGUAGCAAGACCCCAGAGAGAUCGAAGACUGCCUCCCAGCCAGCCGCUACUUUAGCACCUCCGGAUUUAUCACCCAAGGGCCACAGACAUUCGAGACCUUCAAAAAUAUCUAUGCCAUCUUCUGAAGAGUACCCCUCCCGCGCACCACGAACUCCGGCGCAGACCAGUCCGUUGAAGAGGGACACGUACGAUCGGUUCCUAGCACAGAAGCAUCCUCUUACAUUCUUGGUUGCAGAAGAUAAUAAAAUCAACCGAAAAUUGCUCGUGAAUAUGCUCGGAAAGCUGGGAUACAAGGACGUGCACGAAGCUUUUGACGGGAAGGAAGCUGUGAGAAUCAUGCGGGAAAUACAUAGCAGAGGAAGAAGUUGCGGCAAAACAAACGGGAAACGACCCACCAGAAAAGUCGACGUCGUCUUGAUGGACCUCUGGAUGCCGGAAAUGGAUGGCUAUCAGGCGACUGAGCAUAUCUUGGGCAUGUUCCAACAUCCUCAAAGCGAAGAGGGAUCCGACUGUAGCCGCAUGACCCCUCCCAUUGUCCUAGCUGUCAGCGCUGAUGUCACGGAUGAGGCCAUUGACCGUGCCACAAAGACAGGGAUGGAAGGUUUCAUGACGAAGCCGUACAAACUGGCAGACUUACAGAAAUUGAUCGUUGAAUUCUGCGUCCGAAGCGAAGGCGUUGUUUCUGUCCCGGAUUGA